AUGAAUAAUGAAACUCCCUUAGAAACAACAAAUGAUCUCAAACAACUUUAUGAAAUUAUUCAUAAUAAAAUAAACAUAGAAAUGAGAGAAUUAGAAGAAAUGGCAAAAAAUCUUGAAAAGAAAAAAAGAGAUAUAACUGAAUUAACUCAAAGUUACUUAAUAGCAAAACAAAAUGCAGAAAUGGAACAAAAAAAAGUAAUUAAUGAAAAAAAGAAGAAUAAAUCUUUAAAACAAAUGACAUCUAUUAAUCAACAAAUAUUAUCUAUUAAUGAAGAAAUAGAAUCUUGGAUCAAAGAAAAUAAUAUUGAUUUUGAUAUUACUUCUUCUGAUAAUACUUUCUAA